AUGUUGAGGGAUUUCAAGUUCUUGCGCCGGAAUUCGGGGAAGAACAACUCCGAGGACGCCGAGAAUGUGCCGGUAAACCCUAGGGAUUAUCUGAACCCUCAGACGAGCGCAGAUCCAUCGAGGCCCCCUCUGAACACCAUCCAAGAACCCUCGCGUAUCCCGAGAGCCGUCUCGGAGCAUGAAUUCGGCAGCUACAAGCGCAAAAGGGUCGACCGGACGCCUACUAAGCCAAAACCUAAGCAUCCGGACACGCUGCGCACUCCCGAGAAACAGGGGUUAGCGUCGAGAAACAGGUUCAAUUGGGAUCAGAGGGGUGAUUAUGCAUCGGGUAAUAGUGGUCUGGAAUCUAGGGAUGGGGGAAGGGUUUUGUUUUCGAAUGUGGUGGAUACUCCCAGUUCCACCAGGGGGAUUGCUAGGGCUAAUUUGAGUUAUUCGGAGUGUAACUCGACCCAAAGCACGCCGACUAAGAGCGUGAGCAAGCCCCCAAACCCGGGUUUUGCGUUGGCUAGCAGCUCUAGGACUGCGGCAAACAUGGGGUCCCGAAUGGCCAACUAUGGCAUGUUGGCGAGAGGGAUACCAAGUUCGUGUAACCUGCCCACGGUCGUUGACACUAUUGAGGUUCCUUAUUUCGAGCUCAAGGAAGAUCCAUCGUUCUGGAUGGAACACAAUGUGCAAGUUUUGAUUCGGAUACGGCCGUUGAACAACAUGGAGAAGAGCAGUUUUGGUUACAAUAGAUGCUUGAAGCAGGAGAAUGCUCAGAGCAUCACGUGGAUUGGGCAGCAACCUGAGACUCGAUUCAUGUUUGAUCAUGUUGCAUGUGAAACUAUCAAUCAGGAGACACUUUUUAGGAUGGUUGGCUUACCCAUGGUGGAGAAUUGCUUGUCUGGGUACAAUAGCUGCAUGUUUGCGUACGGGCAGACUGGUAGUGGCAAGACUUAUACAAUGCUUGGUGAGAUGGGCGAAUUAGAAGUCAAGCCUAGUCCACACCGUGGGAUGACUCCUAGGAUAUUUGAAUUCUUGUUUGCAAGAAUUAGUGCGGAAGAGGAAAGCCGAAGAGAUGAACGGUUGAAAUACAAAUGCAAAUGCUCUUUCCUUGAGAUCUAUAAUGAGCAAAUAACUGAUCUUCUUGAUCCUUCAUCUACAAAUCUUAUGUUGCGUGAGGAUAUGCAAAAGGGUGUCUAUGUUGAGAAUCUAUCGGAAUUUGAAGUCCACACUGUAGGAGACAUUCUCCAGCUUUUGUCCCAGGGUUCUUCGAACAGAAAAGUGGCAGCUACUAAUAUGAAUAGAGAAAGCAGCCGUUCGCACAGCGUUUUUACAUGUGUCAUUGAAAGUAGGUGGGAAAAGGAUUCGACCACUAACUUUCGGUUUGCAAGGCUGAAUCUUGUUGACCUUGCUGGUUCUGAGAGGCAAAAGUCUUCUGGUGCUGAGGGUGAACGUCUUAAAGAAGCUGCAAAUAUUAAUAAAUCAUUAUCAACACUAGGUCAUGUAAUUAUGGUUUUAGUGGAUGUAGCAAAUGGAAAACCGAGACACAUUCCCUACAGAGAUUCAAGAUUGACAUUUCUCCUUCAGGACUCUCUCGGAGGGAACUCAAAAACAAUGAUAAUAGCUAAUGUCAGCCCAUCUAUCUGCUCUGCAGCUGAAACAUAUAACACCUUAAAGUUUGCACAACGUGCAAAACUGAUUCAGAACAACGCUGUCAUCAAUGAAGACUCAUCUGGGGAUGUCGUCGCAUUAAAACGGCAGAUACAGUUAUUAAAGGAGGAGCUAUCUGCCCUCAAGCGUGAAAAGGUUUCUCGGUCAUUGUUAUUUGGACCUGCCACAGAUACAAGAAGCAAAGAUGAUGAUGACUGUAAUGAAAGGUCACCUGCACAAGAAACUCAUGGAGUUCUCCGAGUGUCUUGUAAGCAGUUAAAAUCCUUGGAAACUACCCUUGCUGGAGCUUUACGAAGAGAACAAAUGGCGGAUGCCACAGUUCAACAGCUUCAAGCUGAAAUUCAACAGUUGAACCGUCUGGUUACUCAAAGGGAGGAGGACACGAGGUGCACGAAAAUGAUGUUGAAGUUUAGAGAAGAUAAAAUUCAAAGAAUGGAGUCUGUACUUGGGAAGUUGAUAUCGGCAGAUGAUUAUUUAGUGAAAGAAAACCAUGCACUUCAGGAAGAAAUUCAGGUUUUGCGAGAGAGAAUGGAUAAAAAUCCUGAAGUGACACGUUUUGCACUUGAAAAUAUCAGGCUCUUAGAUCAAGUUCGGCAAUUUCAGGAUUUAUAUGAAGAAGGGGAGAGGGAAAUGUUGAUGACUGAAGUAUCUGAACUGCGGAAUCAGCUUAUUUCCUCCCUUGAUGGAAAUUUAAAGCAUCCUAAUCUUCUUGAUAUGAAGGCUCCGAAAGGCGAUGAAAGUGAAAAUGAUUUACUUCAUAAGGAGUUGAAUAGAACUCUCUUUGAGCUGGAGGACAGCAAGGAGAAGCUGAACUCUUGUCUUGAAGAAAAUGCUAAGCUCCGACGAGAACUAGAAGAGUUGCAAGCAUCAGUAAGUGCCACCUUGCCUGCCGUGCAAGAGAAUGAUUGCAGUGCAGAAGUCAUAAAGGAAUCAAUAGUGGAAGUUCCAACCAUCAGUAAUCAGGCAAUGAUGACAGCCCAGAGAGAGAAGGAAGGAACAAAACCAAAUCGUGUUAAUGCAGAAGAUAUCAUGGAUUUACAACUGGAGCUGGACAUUGUUAAAAUUAUUCUACAUGAACAGAGGUCGUCUCACACUGAAGCCGAGGCAAUUGCAAAAUCUUUAAACAGAGAACUUCAUUUGUCGAAACAAAUGGUUAUUUCUGUAUCCAAAGACUACGAACGAGUUCAAGAAGAGCUUACGAAUGCUAAACUUGUUAUUGAAGCACUGGAGUCCCAACAACUACAGUUGAUGAAUGAGAUUGAGGAUAUCAAGAGCUCCAAUGUCUUCCUCGAAGAAUUGUUAAAAGAAAAGGAGCUUGAAAUAUCUAAUCUAAAGGGGAUAGCUCAAUCUCAAGAGUCGAGAGAUAUUUCAACAUAUAAUAAGCAUGCAGAGUGUGAUGAUUCACCUUUAGAAGCAAAGUUAAAGAAAAUGCAUCAAUCUCUAGAAAAGGCUAGGAAACUGAAUGAGUUUUAUAAAAAUGAUCUUGCGUUUCAAGCAACUCACGAGAACGAAGCAGAGGAAGUUCGUAAGCAGGUUGAGGCGGAGACAGCAGAAGUGAUAGUUUGUCUGCAAGAAGAGCUUUCUGGUCUUCAUCAAGAAGUUUAUGAUAGCAAGACGAAAGAGAUGGAGGCAAUGGAGAGCUUAAAGUUGUUGCAAGCGCAAAUGAAAAUUAUGGAGAAUGAUUUACGAUUAAAGAAUGAAGAUAAUGUAAAAUUGUCCAAGCACAUGGAAAAGAUGAGGUCCGAGUGGGAUUUGAUCGCCUCAGAAAUUGAAGAUACUCUGUCUGACGGAAACGUGGCUCUUGCAGAUGCAUCAGAAGAGAUUGGCGUUAUCUCGAGUUCAAUCCCUUUUAAAAGGAGUUUAAUUACUGAGCAAUUUGGGAGGAUGAGAAAAUAUAUUUAUGAAAAGGAGUUGUCGAUUGAAGAGCUUAGUCAGUGCUUGAAGGAUGCAUUAGAAAGGAGAGACGACAUGGAGUGCAUGCUGAGGUCUUUGAGAGGGGCAGCAUUGGUUAUGACUGAAACUCAUCAACAGGAGUGCAGUGAAAAGGAUAGAGAGAUUCUUCUUUUGACCUCCGAUUUAAAUAGUAUGAAAUCAACUGUUGACGAGCUCAGGAGAUUACUGGAGCAUGGAAAAUGUCAGCUCAGAAAUGCAUCUUCUUGUGCAACGGCUGCUUUUGUGAUUGUGAACAGAUUGUCGGAGUUGAACUCUAACUAUAGGGAUGCUUUGAAUUACAAGGAUGCGCAGAUGGCAGAAGAAAUUGAUAUUUCAGAAACUACGGGAAAACUGAAGGAGCUAAAUUCCAGAGUCUCGGCUCUAAGGGCAUGCGUAAAUAAUAAUAUAUCAAGGACAGGUACAAGAAUAGAGGAAGAUGAUGCAGGCUCGUGUGAUAUUGGCGGCGGCUAUUUGAAGUCUGAAAGAACUGGGGAGAGCGUGAAUGGCGGAGAUAGUGUCGUUGGACUCUUGAAGAAAGAGAGAGAAUGCUCACUCAAAGGUUUACAAGUAGUGCAAGCUGAGGUGGACAGGCUGUGUUGUGAGAAAGAAGAGAUUUUAGCAUCUGAAAAAUGUGGUCAGAAGAGCAUUGAGUCAAUGGUUACUCAAGUAGUUAUUCUUGGAGAUGCUAUAGAAAAUUUCAGAGGCGAGUUUGAGGUCAAAAUCAAUGCUAUGGAGGGUAAGAUAGGGAAAUUGGAAGAAAUAAUACAGGAGUCUUUUACUUCCUGGUUCCAGCAAAGAGAGUUACUGGAAGAUGAACUUGAUGACGCAAAAGUUAUUGCUGCCCAGAAAACCAUUGAAGCUUCCUGUAUUCUCGAGAAAUUCGAGGAGGUUCAAGAUACAAUGAAAGAAGCAGACAUCAUGAUAAACGAGUUGAUGAUAGCUAACGAGGCCUUGAAGCUCAACACUCAUGAACUGAAGUUCAAUGAAAAUGAUCUCUUGAAAGAGGUUGAAAGUUUAAAACUCUCUAACUCCCUGAAAGACAUGAAGUGUGGAAACUUGGAAAAACAGUACAGUACAGAUUUUGACAUCAUGAAGACGAUGCUGUCAGAACUAGAGGAUGUUAUCACCGGGAUGAAAAACUCUUACUCAAAAGAAUGGAUGCCUGUCUCACGUUAUAUCCUCAACAUGAAAUCUCAAUUUCAUGAAUUUACAGUGUCAAUUAGGACAAUGCUCGAAGAUGUCUGGUCUGAUAUUAUUGUCAAGGACUGUGCCGUGUCCGUUUUGCAUUUAUGUCACAUGGGGAUUCUCUUGGAAACUGCAAACGGUCUAAAUGCAGAAAAUGGUCUUCUCGAACACGGCCUUUGCGAGUCAAACUCCAUUGUUUCUGAACUUCGGGAGCAUAAUUUGAAAACAAGAAAAGAGCUUGAGUUGUGCAGGGAACUUAAGGGGAAGUUGCUGGUAGAUAUCAGGAAAGGCUUUAACCGCAUAUCGAGCAAAGUAGAUGAAAAUGGGGAGGUAACACUUAAGCUCGCCUCCUUUGAGAAGAAAAUUCAAAAUCUACAGUUUCAAGAAGAGAUGAUGCUACAGAGGUCGAAUGAUAUGGGAUGUGAAUUGGCUGUGAUCAUGAAGGAGCUUGACUUUUGUAAUAAAAGCACGACAGAGUCUAUUAUGGUACACGAAAGGUUACUGAAGGAGAAAGAUGAAUUGCUCCAGCAUCAGGAGGAGAGUUUCAUGCUGGAAUUACAUGCGAAGGAGUUUGAGCUGUUGAUUUUGUGGACUGAAUCAAGGCAGUUGUCUGUCCAGAAAGCAGAUUUGGUGAAUGCUUGCAUCAGUGCUUGCGAUGUACUCGAAGACUUAAAGAAGGAUAUAGUUUUCAAGAGCAUAGAAGCUGUUUCUGGUGAGUUGAUGUUGCUUGAAAAAGAAUCUGCUCUAGAAGGUUCGUCAAGUCACAUUUCUAAGCUUUAUGAGAAAAUCCAAAAGUUGCAGAACGAGUUGGAAUCGAAAAAUGAAGAACUCGGAAGGAUAAGCUGCCUUGAGAAGGAAAAUGAGAAACUGCAUGAACUUGUCAUCGAGAACCAGACGCUGAGAAAUAAUGUUGUGAUGUCUGAGAAUUGCAUUGCUGAGUUAGAAGAAGACAUAAAACUAGCAAAGGUGGAAAUCCAAAACCACAAAGUAUCACAGUGUAUUGUCAAAGAUGAAUUGUGCUCCAAGAUUAAAGAUUUAGAAAGAGAAAUUAGCAAUCUGAACACUUUGAAAGAAGAGAACAUUUUGUUGAGAAAUGAAGUAAGAGCUCUGGACUUGAAAAUAUUGAAGAAUGUUGAGUCGGCCGAAACUGUUGAUAAAGCAAGCUGCGAUAUAGUUGAUUUUGCUCGGGAAAAAAUUGCUGAGGUGGAAUGUAAGUUUCAGAAUAUAGUUAAUGAAAUGGAUAGGUCCCAAAAUUUUCUGGAACAGAUUGAAUGCGUGGAGAAUAUUGCUUUACAGUUAGAUUCUGAAACUUUGUAUCUUCAAAUGGAGUUGUUGAGAAAGGAUGAUAUUCUCAAGGGUCUACUAUUUGACUUAAGUUUGUUGCAAGAAUCAGCCUCAAACAGUAAGGAUAAAAAAGAUGAGGUGGAAGAAGUGCUAGCUUCAUUAAGGGCAGUGGAAAAAGAUUUGGAGUUGAAGUCGCUCGAACUGGAAAAAGCUCUGGCUGAAGGUCAAGCACUUGAUGUCCAACUUCAUGAAAAGAUGGAAGCAGUAUGCUCUCUUGAAUUGGAUUUAAAUAAAAGUCAGGAAAUGGUAAAUUUACUAACCGACAGAAAUGCCGAUCUUUUAGAUGGUGUGAAAGAGGCCUUGGAAGCAAAAAAUUCCAUGGAGAAAGAGCUUUUCGAGACGAGGACCAACAUCAAGAAUUUAGAGAUGGAAGUUGGUGAAAUGGAAAUGGCCCUCGAUCAAAUGAGCAAAACAAUUGAAUUAUUGAAGUGCAACUUGGCUUCUGCCACCUGUCAAAGGGAUGAGCUGGAAGACAGAGUUGAUAUUUUGACCAGAGAGCUUGAGAUGGCAAGGAACCUUGCUGGAGAAAAUGAGGCAAUUGCUGCUGAAGCUCAAGAGCUAGCUGAAACGCAGAAAGCCCACACUGAGGAAAAAGAAGAGGAAGUAAAGCUAUUAGAGCGUUCCAUUGAAGAGCUAGAGUGCACUGUAAACGUACUCGAACAAAAGGUUGACAUUGUCAAAGGAGAAGCCGAGAGGCAACGGUUGCAGAGGGAGGAACUUGAGCUGGAGCUUCUUGGCAUCAAAGAACAAAUGCAGAAUAUCAAAAGCAACGAUUCUGAUCUAAAAAGAUGUUUGGUUGAGAAGGAAAAAGAUCUUGCAGAAGCAUUGCAGCGAGUACAACUUCUUGAAAGAGAAAUAGCUGCUAGAGAUGCCGAGAUAUCUCAAUGUAACGAUCAUAUCUCUGAGCUCAACUUGCAUGCAGAGGCCCAGGCCAGUGAAUACAAACAAAAGUUUAAGGCACUGGAAACUAUGGUAGAGCAACUAAAAUCUGAAACCGCCACUCAUAGCACUGCAUCACCAAAAAAGUUGGAAAAAAGUGUUUCGAAGCCCAGAGGCUCUGGUUCACCCUUUAAGUGCAUUGGUUUGGGCUUAGUACAACAGAUUAAAUCAGAGAAAGAUGAGGAGCUCACGGCUGGAAGACAACGGAUAGAAGAACUUGAGGUUCUGGCUGCAAGCAGACAGAAAGAGAUAUUAUUGCUCAAGGCAAGACUGGCUACCACUGAAAGCAUGACUCAUGAUGUGAUCCGGGAAUUGCUAGGUGUAAAAAUGAAUAUGAAGAAUUGUGCUAAUAUAAUGGAUAAUCAGAAGCUUCAGUCAUUAACUGCACACACUCAACAAUAUAAUGUUGAAUCUGGAGUGAAGGAGCAAGAAUUAGCUAAUCUGAAGCAGCAGAUACAUGAGUUCGUUAAAGAAAGGAAUGGAUGGCUAGAAGAGAUUGAGAAGAAACAAGCUGAAAUGAUGGCUGCACAUAUUGCGCUUGAACAACUAAGACAGCAGGAACAACUGCUUUCAAGUGAAAAUGAGAUGUUGAAGAUGGAGAAUGCUAAUCACAAGAAGAAAGUGAUGGAUCUUGAAGUCGAGGUUAAAAAAUUGUCCGGUCAACAAAAUAUCCAACAGCGUAUUCAUCAUCAUGCAAAAAUUAAGGAAGAAAACAAUUUAUUAAGGUCUCAAAACGAAGACCUUAGCGUUAAGCUUCGGAAAACAGAGGCUGUUCUUUCGCGAGUAAAGGAAGAAUUGGCUCAGUUCCGAAAGGCAAAUGGUAAAAAUCCCUAUAUCAAUGUUGUUGAGGAAGAACAGUUGGACAAGAAGUUAAAGGAAACUGAAGAGGAGAAACUACGGUUAGCUCAAAAAUUACUAGGCUUGUGUACUACUGUACUAAAGGCUGCUGGAAUAACAAGACCAACAUCAGAGAUAAGUCUAUCUGUGGCUGAAGAUGCACUAAUGCAGCUGAAAAAUAGAGUUGUUUCUCUUGAAAUGGAACUUGAAGAUGUUAAACUCAAGAGUCGAAUAUCAGCUGAGAGAAUUAGAUUGUCUGAGCUAAGGCCACAAACCCCAACAGCAUCAAGUCCAGGGGCUCCGUUUCUCUCUGCAUUCGACAGAUGA